AUGGAAGGGUCUCUACUCGGACUGGUCAACUGGGAUCACGGGACUUGCACCUCACAGAGCCAUGUUCCUCCAGACCGUAUGCCCAGCAACGAAAAGCGCAAAUGGGGACACGGCGGCCAUACCAGAGCAGCUGAAACCUGCAGCUCGACUGUGGCGACUAUUAUGCGCUGGCCGCGUCUAAAAUGGACUCAACCAGGGCCUGGCAACCGGUUUGCGAUUGCGGCUGCAAUACGCCGCAAGGUCAAGGCCAGGUUGCUGCCGAAGCGAGACGGCGGCCCUGCCACAGGUGCAGAAGCAAUUCCGCAACGGCGCCCUCGGUGGCGCUGGAAGGUACUGUGGUGA